CAGACGCCAAUAUUACGAGCGUAACAACGAGCUCAUUCAGCAAUACAUGUAUAUCGAUCGUCUUCUUGACUCAUCACUUCCGCACGAUUUGAUUCAAGAGUACCAACACACUGCUGUUUCUGUCCCGCAGACAAUUACUGAGGAGCCCACCGCAGCCUCUUCGGACGCAGACGACGAGAGAAGUCGUUCUUCCAGCAGCCCAGGCCAAGAUGAACAUGCAAAUGGAACGCCAUCGACACCAAUACCAAGAGUCAAACGGACACCACAAGCAUUAUACAAGGUCCCUAGCGAGGAGACGCCUUUGCUGGAAGCCGAUCCGGACCAUCAAAUUUCGACAAAACAAUUCGAUCCGUAUGAGCACGACGCUGCGGACAGCUCGGCUCCAGUUGUAACGGUUGCGAUCUAUAUUAAUUUGGUAGCCAAUGCGAUUUUGUUGGCCGGAAAACUAGCCGUGAUUGUCCUUACUAGCUCUCUCUCGGUGUUAGCCAGUUUGGUAGAUGCAGCUUUGGACUUUCUCAGCACGGCAAUUGUGUGGGUUACAACCCGCAUGAUCGCACGACAAGACAGAUACGCGUAUCCUGUUGGCAGAAGACGCCUGGAGCCCAUCGGCGUGCUCGUCUUCUCCGUAAUCAUGAUCACCUCCUUCUUUCAAAUUUUCAUUGAAGGUCUCAGCCGAUUAACGUCUGGUGACCAUUCCCUUGUCUAUUUGGGGAUUCCCUCAAUCGUUAUUAUGGCAAGCACUGUCGUUAUCAAAUUCGCGUGCUGGCUUUAUUGCCGACUCAUCAAAAAUUCGAGCGUCCAGGCACUGGCUCAGGAUGCUAUGACUGAUGUGGUUUUUAACAUAUUUAGUAUUAUUUUCCCGCUCGUUGGAUACUAUUCCCGGCAAUGGUGGCUGGACCCCCUCGGCGGUAUCCUUCUCUCUCUCUAUGUGAUCAUCAAUUGGUCCCGCACUUCGGCCUCUCAUAUCCGAAACCUGACCGGAGCCGCAGCUACGGCAGAUGAGCGCAAUAUUCUGCUCUACCUAACGAUGCGCUUUGCCAAGACUAUCCGCCAGAUCCAAGGGCUGGAAGCAUAUCACGCCGGUGAUAAGCUUAUUGCCGAGGUGGACAUUGUUCUUGACGAGCAUAUGAGUCUCCGUGACAGCCACGACUUGGGCGAGAGCUUGCAGUAUGUUCUGGAGAGUGUUCCUCUAGUAGACCGCGCAUUCGUUCAUCAGGACUACGCUUCCUGGAAUCUUCCAAGCCAUAUGCAGCAGGACUAAAGGGUCUGGGCACAUAGCUUGGCAUUAUCAGGACGAGUAAUGAGAUGGAGGUUUUCAGGGAACUAGGGCAAUCGGCGGGACUGUUUUGCCUCGAGUAUCUGUUCUCCCAGUUUCCUGGAUACAAAUAAGCGAUUCUUCUGGAUCUGUCAUUUUAUUUAUUUUGAAGCACGAUGAUCAGGCGUAGGAUUUGCUUGAUUGCUUGCAGAGGGCAAUUUUCUGGCUGUAUAUGGCGCAUUUUCUUACAAAUAUCCCCUGUGUAUUCUAUACUUGCUAUACCACCGUUUUACAAGAACGAAUUGACUUGAAAUUCUGCGAAC